AUCCAAAGCGAGUCAGACGGCAAUUGACGCAGGAACUAGUAACUUCUAAUUCGCUUCAUUCUUCAGAUGUUAAAUAGUGUUAGUGACUGUAAUGUCUAUACGUAGAAUAUAUACGGCAUACUUAUAGACACAUUUGAGAAUAUUAACUUUUGAUGAAAAAAAAAUUACGUGAAAGCUAUUACAAUUUAAAAGCUGUCAAUACGAUAGAUCUCGGUGAUUUUAGUUGUACAUUCCAUAUUUUUUUUAGAUAACUUUUACUACGAUCAACAUAAUUAUUCACUUCAGCAGACGUGAAGUUAAGUUUACAGACGACAAAACAAAAUGCAGUUUUAUGACUAUAUCAUAGUUUUUGCUUUAUUCUGUGAGUUUAUUUUUUGUCAAGACAAUCAAACGUUGUCGUCUGCGACAAGGCCAGUCCAGACAACCGCUAAUUCUACAUCGACAGAAACAACUUUAGUGCACAGUCCGACGGAGUCCGUGGAAGAUAAUUCAGAUUCAGACGAGGUUGACACUAAUCGUGAUGAAAGACUUCAAAGGUCAAGGGCUGCGCGCAUGUAUUUCCUCCGACAGCACGUGCUAGACUCGCUAGGAUGGACAAGCCCACCGGAUAUAGACCCUGAAACGAAGAGACGCUUGCUUCUUGGUAUGCAAACGCCUGUUUACGUAACCAGGCAGAAGCACUGCUACUUUCCGGCAUGUGAUUUACCAAUGAUCGAUCUACCAGAUUACAUGAAUCGAUCGAUUUGGUUUGACACCAGUUCAAGAAACAUUCGAUACUUUUUUGCAAUACCCAGUAAUCCUGAUCCAAAUCUAGAUAUAACAUCAGCUGUUGUCAGACUCCAUUUAAAACGAAGAGAAGAUUGCCCCUGUGCAUACGACAGUGAUCACAGUACAUCUAGACUGCAUAUAAAGAUUUACCAGUACAGAAAACCUAUCCGAUCUCACGCUAGAUUGCGCCACAGCAACAUGCGUUUAAUUGAUGCUAAGAUGGUCACCUGGGAUAGCGCGCGCUGGGUAUCUCUGCACGUGACUGAAGCCGUAAAACGAAUUGUGACCAGGGGAAGGAGAAAUGGCGGAUUUGAAGUACAUGUAAGGGACAUGGAAGAAAAUAUUCUUGAUGCUAAAACAGUCAUAGACCCUACAGUGUGUACAACUGUAACUGAGUACGAGUGCACUCAAGAGGAGGCUGUCUACAAUGAAGAUAACAGUGAGCCUGAUGACCCGAAUUUCUCCCCUGUACUAGAAAUAAGCUCGACCACAACAACACGGCUUGACAUAUCGUGAAGUGCGAAUCGAAGGAAGAGAAAUAAAGGAAAAUGAAAAUGAUUUAUUUUACAUUGCAAAACGUAUUAACACUAUACUAGUGCUUAAAACUGAUUAAAUUAUUCAUAGUAUCUACAUGAAAGCCGGUGAAAUUAUUAUUAAAGUGUCAGUGGAAAUGAUCUUGUCAGCGAGGCGGCAAGGAAAACUGUUUUAUAAUUAUACUGCAUUUUUGAAUGUAUUACUAAGAUCUCUUUUGAUUGGUGGAGCUAAAGUAUGCGUCAACAUGUGCACGUUACACUUUCCCAAACAACUUUUGUCGCUCGUUCUCUCGUUGUUGUAUGUUUUCUUUAAUCAAAGCCCUCAGUCACUCAUCAACAGAAUCAAGUUGGUUGAGAUCUGCUUUCGAUCUUAUAGAGACACUUGUUGCAAAUUUUAAACACUUGUGGUUAAUUUAAGAUAUACAAUUAUUCAAAAGAUUGUUAUUAUCAGAUGAGAGAAAUGACAUCGAAAGUGUCGGGCGCGCCUGCUGGCGACGUAAAAUGUCAGCUCUGUUGUAAAGCAUUGUCAAAUAUUUGAGCGCAAGCUUAUAUAAGAUGCCCAUUGUUCAUUCACUACCUCAUUUAAAGUUUUGAUUAUUCCAAGGAACUUGUCUUAUUAGUGUUCUGUACAUUUUUAAAAAGUCGUUGCAUGAUAUAUAUGUGGUCAUCUGUUUGUAUUCUUGUAUUAUAUCAUGUCAUACGUUGUAUAUAUAUUGCCUACAAAAACACUAUUUCAUUUUGGAAGUAAUUUGUUUUUGAGCAGUCAUUUGUAUCUGUAAUGAAAGUAACAAACUUUAGUAAAAUGAGCAAGUACAUGAUAAUUAUCUUUGUUUAGUCUCAUAGAAACAUUUUUAUUUAGUUAAUAUACAGCACAAAGAUAAUAAAAAGAUACUCUGUAACAUGUACACUUUUUUUUUUCUUUUCCGCGACUAGUACAUUAUUGCUUCAAAUUUUAAAGUUAUUGUUCUUUCAUAAACAAGCGCUGCUCAUGGCGUAACAAUAUUUGUCACAAACAUUUUGCUCGUCGUCGAUCUUUCAUUAUCUAAACAUGCUAUGUCUAGGUCCAUUAAUUGUCAAUUAAGUAUAUCGUGGAUGACUAUUUACAUGUAUAAAAAGUUUUUGGAUGUCAAAUUACACGCCUUUUCGAAAUGAAUCAUAUUUUCUUUGAAAUUAUUUAAGACGACUAAAUCAUUUACAGAGGUCUGUCCGCAUGUUAAAUUCAUGCCAUUGUUGUUAUGUUUUUGUUGUCUUGUAGUAACAUUCAUCGCAGUCAUUAUAUAAGCGCUGAAGAAGCCGGUGCAACGUACACUUUUCAUUGUCUGCUAUUUUAACUUCUAAAACGUUGUAUAGAAAACUCAUGACGAAUUUUCAGUUGUUAAAACUUUUUUUUUUUUCAGUGUUUAUGUGCUUUUUUCAGUCACAAAAAGUUGUCUUUGCAUCAAUUGCAAUUAUGCCUUAACUUUAAACGACAAUUGUGCUUUAACAUUGAUCGACAAUAGUGCUUUACUUUGAUCACCAAUUGUGCUUUACCUUUGAUAACUUUGAUUUACAAUUGUGCUUUAACUUUGAUCGCCAAUUAUGCCAUAACUUUGAUCGACAAUUAUGCCUUAAAUUUGAUCGACAAUUGUGCUUUAACUCUGAUCGCCAAUUAUGCCUUAACUUUGAUCGACAAUUGUGUUUUAACUUUGAUCGCCAAUUAUGCCUUAACUUUGAUCGACAAUUGUGUUUUAACUUUGAUCGACAAUUAUGCCUUAACUUUGAUCGACAAAUGUGCCUCUUUAAGUAAAAAAUAGACGGUAAUAUACUCACAUGACCUACUUUUAUCAAUACUGUCAUCAUUUGUACAUGUAAUAUGUUAAUUUAUUUUGAUUACAAUGUAUUUUUCUUUGUUGUUUUUGCUUCUUUUUUAUGAAAAUAAAGUGUUGUGGCAGAAUAAAUCGUUGUUUUUUUCCCUUUAUAAUA